AUGGACUCCUAUAUAAAUGAAUUAGUGACAGGCUUAAAAGUAGUUCGAGACUUUGCACGAUCCCAAAAUCAAAAGGCUCGUGAGCGCAUGAAAAAGUACUACGACGUCUCGGAACGACCUUUCGCCGUAGGGGAGAGAGUAAUAAUAGAAGUCAGCGACAACAGCGCUGCCCUGAUCGCCUCUUUAGCUGGUAACGCUGAGCCGCUAAAGGUGCAGUUUGAUUUCCUUAAAAGAUUGCCAUUGGAACUUGAUGAUGAACCGGUACAUAUACAAACUGUUAAACAGCGAACAAAAAGAGGAGUCGACGUCGGGCCUCCGCAGGAAGAUCCGCUGCAUCUCUUCCAUCCGUGUACGUGCAACAUCUUUCGAACUAAGGCUCAGACCGCUCUGCCAAGUUUGCGCUCAGACCUUGCAAGAUCCAAGCCGGUCAACAAUAUGUUCGAACUGGCGAAUGUCGCGUCUAUAGUGCUCGAUCCAUUCUGGGGGAUCGACGCAAGGAGGAAGAGCUUCUCAACAAGGACUCAAACACUUGACAGUCUUGGGGCUAGUUCAUGCGAUCGCCGCUCAUCGUUCAAGUUGUUACACCUUCAGCACCGCGUUGAGAAAUGCUCAUGGGAAACGCAUCAUUCAUCCUUCGCUGUUUCCCUUUUUUCCCGGAAACCGACUCGUACUACGCACAACCCGAAUCCCACCAUUGUCGCUCUGCCAUUGUCGUUUAUUCGGGCCGAGAAGGUGCUCGAGGAAAACGACAAGGUAAGUAUAACGGUCUAUUCUACGCUCGAUGGACUAGCAGUGCAGCUCAACUCCCGUUCGAUCUCUGCCGCCGUAGUGCUGGUUUGGCCUAAUGAUAUGCCGUCCACUGUUUACCUCGACCAUGUGAUGCACGCGCUGAAGCGUCAUUCACAAAGAUGA